AUGGUGUUAACCGCUGUUAACCUCCUGGCUUUUGUUAGUCUCCUAGCUGGCUUAGCUCAUUUAGAAGUGGGUGAUCUUCCAGGUUGGAGAUCGGGAGGCACUUUCCUGGACUUGGGCAGUGGUUCCGGUCGCGCCGCUGUCGCUUGGGCCCUGCUACAGCCCACUAAUCGAGCCAUUGGUGUCGAAAUCCGUCCGUCGUUGCACCAGACAGCGCUUCAGGCGGUAGGACGACUUCCUCCCAGUGUGCAAAGGCGCUUGCAGUUGCAUCUGGGGGAUCUCUUUGAUUUUCCCCUUGAGGGUGCAGAUGUGAUCCUGGUGAACAGCACCGGCUUUGACAUCACCUUGAUGGCGCGCAUCGGCAGGUGCUUGGCUGGCGCUGGUCUAGGGUGUCGCUUGGUGCUGCUGUCCCAACCGUUGCCCAAUGAUGCGAAGCAAGGCUGGAAGAUGCUGUUCCAGGCACCAUAUCGAAUGACCUGGGGCAACGCGACAUGUUACGUCUUCCAGAAGAUCUCGGAAGCUGUGCCGGCGAAAAAUGCAUUGACCAGCGCAUUGAAAAGUCCUGGAGCCAACAUUCACGAGGUCCUGAAAAGGGCGGAAGCUGCCGAACUGCAGCUGAACGCCAUUCACCUCAAUGCCGCCAUGGGAGUCCUUGAGAAACGGCACAGGUGGCAAGAGGUCUGUCAUACAGCGCAGAGGAUGUCCAACGUGAACAUACGAAGAGAUGUCAUCAGUUGCAACGUGCUCUUGAAAGUCGGAGAGAACUGGCAGCAGACGCUCGAAGGUCUCAGGAGCACAGAGCCCACCGAGGCGACCGAGGCGACGGUUGUGGCACUGGCGCUUCCAGUGCCUUCCUGGCCACAGGUUAUGCACUUCCUAUGGCAUUUGAGUUCCCUCCGGCUGGAGCUGACAAUACCUUGCUUCAAUGCAGCCCUGCCUCGCAGCUGGGGAGCAAGCCUGGAAGUCUUGCAGAGCAUGCGGAGGAGACAGCUGUUGCCGGACGAGGUGAGUUUUUGCAAAAUGGCCUGCCAAGCACGGGAGGGGAACUGGUCCUUCGCCUUGCACCAUCUCUCCAAGUUUGCCACCUUGAGGCUGAUGCCAGAUGUGGUGAGUUGCAGUAGCUCCAUGGCCUGUUUGGAGGCCAAGUGGGAAAGCGCCCUGCUUCAGAGACAGGUGCAAUGGAACCACUAUUGCUACAACUCGAUGAUGAAGGGAAUGCCCAGGUGGGAUCUGGUUCUGUGGCUCUUCGUUGAGAUGGUCCUUGGAACUGUGCUUCCUGACUCAGUCUCCUACACGCUGCUGGUCAGCUCUUUGGGCCGUGCUGGGCAGUGGCAGCAAGUGUUGCACGUUUUUAAUCGAUCAGAAUUUCCACGGGCCAUCGUGGCACAUAACACUGUCAUGCACGCCUUUGUCGAGAGCUCCCUGUGGACCUUGGCCCUGUCGGUCUAUGACCAGCUUCAACGAAGAUCUUUGCAGUCGGAUCACAUCACCUACAGCAUUGUCCUGAGGGCGCAACGCCGUUGGGAAAUGGCGCUUUGGCAGCUGAACCAGGAGCUAUGCUCCAUGGGGUGGAUGGUCAGUUGCAACCCAAUGUUGAGUGUUUGCGGCUCCGGGUCCUUGUGGAGCUUGGCUUUGGGAUUAGUUGGUCAGCUACACCGGUCUCAUAUGAAGCUCAACGUCAUCGGCGAGCGGCAGAUGCGGCUCUGCCUCCGGCGCCAAUGGAGGAUGGCUCUGUCCUGGGAGGCUGCGGCCACUGCGGCCUGGGAGUUGGCACUGAUGACCAUUGGAGACAUGGAAACACAGGCCUUGGAGGUUGACGGGGUGAACCUCAACGAAGCGCUGAACGCCUGCGAGAAGGGGAGCGCCUGGAGCUUCGUUGUGGCCUUGUACGCGCGUCUCAGAACUGCCGGGGCUUGCAGUCAUGAGACCAUCAGCGCCUGCCUGUGUGCACAUCGCAACAGAUGGCGCAACGCCUUGUUUGAGCUGCAGAGCCUGCCUGAACUGCGUUUGCCUCCACAGUCCAUCGUCCUCAACGCCGCCGUGGAUGCCCUGGGACGCCGCUGGCGAAGUGCUCUCCAGCUGCUGAGCGCGUCGCGUACGCAGCGCGUGGCGGUGGAGAUGUUCUUCUACGGUUCGCUUCUGACGAUUGUGAGCAACGGCCAACCAUCGAAGAUGCUGCCUUUGAUGGAGAGCAUGAGACGUUCCCCAGACCUGGAUGCCGUGGCCGUCCACGCGGGGCUCCAGGGCUUGCUGGCGGCGCGAAGGCUACUGGAGGCGCAGGAGUGGCAGCAGCGAAUGCAGCAGCUGGGGCUGAGGUCCCAGCGAGGCGCGGCGAUCUCAACCGGUGGUGCAACGGGGAAGGCUGUGAAACUUUGCAUCCAGCGACGAGCCACAAUGGCGACUCCUAUGCCCUCGGCGAUCCUGUACUCUGCACUGGGAAAUCCAAAGAACGGCUUUCCAGGCUACUGCGCCUCCACUAGCCCCGACUGGUCGGGCACGCAAAGCUCUCAAUGGCCUGGCCGGCAUCCGGAGGUCUACACACCCUUCCGGCAGGGCCAGCUGCGCGCUGAGCGCCUGGCAGAUCGGCGCCAUCGGGGACUGGCGGCGGGGAAGCAGGUGAAGGCUGGCGAGGCCAUUUGCACCGGACAACCUCCUCUGUCCUUGUUGCAGUACAGUGACUCUCGCAGCCUUUGCGAGGUCUGCGCCCACUGCCGUCGCUUCUGCGGCUCCUUGGGCUCCGCGUUGCGGCGCACCCUGGCGGCCGGCCAUGCGGGGGACUUGGAGGACUAUGUGGAGGAUCCCACGAUGAUUGCUCAGUUGGAGCAGGGAGUCUGGCAUGUACGAGACCGUCGGCCUUGUGAUUUCUGCGACGCGGUGUUCUGCAGUGAAGAAUGCUUUGAGGCCGGACAGCGCGAAGGUUGGCACCGGGUGCUGUGCAGUGACCUGACCCCGGAGCAACGCAAUGUCUGGAAAUGCUUCCAGCAGUACAGCACCAAAUACCACGAACAGUUCGCUGCUGCGGCGCAAGUCAUUGCUGAAAUUAUCUCAUUAGUGGAGUAUCAUGGAGUUCAGCUCUAUGAAGCCAUGGCCUACUUCAGCCGAUUCAUGAAGAUGUCUUGGCUGAAUAUGCAGAGCGUGCCAUCCAUGUCGAUGUGCCAAGCGGGACCGCUGACGGGCAAACUUGGCGCCCUCGCGCAGGGCAAAAGGGAAAAGCGACAGCAAGUGAUGCUUGCGUCCCUGGAAUUGUUGGUCGCCAUUUUGUGGGAAGAACGAUGGUCAGAGUUGCUGUCCUUGGAUUACUAUUCCAACCUGGUGGGUCAGUUCUCCUUGUCCAAUGUCUGGGUUCAAAUGGAGCAUCCCCUGAAUCAGACACUCCAAGAACACCUUCUUGACGCCACUUUCCGCCAUCAAUAUGGAGGUCUGUUGAGAGCAUGUCAGGAGGCAGCUCAAAAGGUGAAAGUGGCCGCCCAGGA